UGAGACACAUGGCACGUGUGACAAUUUACCGUCAAUGGAUACGUAAACUGAGCUACAAGCUUGGCUUGCCAGCAUCAAAAUGCUACUCAGUUAUUAAAUGCAACUGAACACAGUUACGGAUGAUGAAAGCUAGAAAUAGAUGAUAUGUGCCUUUCUUAUACAAGAUAACUUAUAUAUGACGGCUGAACAGUUACGACAUCAAGCAGGAUGUUUGUUUUGGUUGAGAUGAUUGAUACCGUGAGGAUUCCUCCGUGGAACUUCCAGAGGCAACUCAAUGAAGCUGUCAUCGAAGAACUCAAUAAGAAGUUGGCCAACAAGGUGGUUUACAAUGUUGGACUGUGCAUCUGUCUUUACGACAUAAUCAAGUUGGAGGACUCGUAUAUAUUCCCUGGUGAUGGUGCCUCGCACACAAAAGUCCACUUCAGGUACGUGGUCUUCCACCCAUUCUUGGACGAGAUACUCGUGGGGAAAAUCAAAUACUGCAGCCAGGAGGGAGUUCAUGUCAGCCUGGGUUUUUUUGACGAUAUAAUCAUUCCGCCAGAGUCCUUACAGCAGCCUGCUAAAUUUGAUGAGGCCGAGCAGGUGUGGUUGUGGGAGUAUGAAACGGACGAGGGAGCCCACGACCUCUACAUGGACCAGGGCGAGGAGAUCCGCUUCCGGGUCGCCGACGAGCUCUUCCUCGACACGUCGCCCACGGGGCCGAGCACGGCUGCGGAGACACCGGCCGCACCGGGGGCAGUGCCAGCGCCGGAGCCGGAGCUGAAGAAAGAGGCUCCAUACACACUCAUAGCCGCUAUAAGUGAACCUGGCUUGGGUCUUUUGUCGUGGUGGAACAACUAGUUAGUCGAGACACCAUCACAGUGGGUUGAUGCCACCAUCACAGUGGGUUGAUGCCACUGACAAUAUGUUGCCUUCCCUAGCCACGGAAUGGACCUUCUAUCCUCUUCAGCCUUGAUCAGCCAGAGCCUGCUGCCGUCACCUUCGUGCUAGUUACAGAAAUUAAAGAUGGGUUCUAGGUGGUUGUAGUAUAUUUUAUAAUGGUAAAGUAAAGCCCUGUUUUGUUAGACAAAUUGCAGAUACACUUCUCCAAUAACUGACUUACAUCAAUUCCUCUACGGACAAAUACAUGUUGUGUUAAUUUGCUUGUGUUGUGCUGGAAAAAAAUCUAUUUAUUUAUACCUGAAAAUUUGAAAAGGGACACGGAGAAGCGAGCGUUUCAGAUUUAUUCUCGUUUGAUUUAAUCUUUGUUAAGUGUUAAGUAUGUUGAGUUUGUCUCUCCAGCACACAAUUAAUGACUUCACUCAUUAAUUUGACAAAUUAUGUAGAUGACCUUUGUAUUUACAUAAUGUGUCUCAAAUUUAAUAAAUACUGGAAUGCUACUUUUCGUUAAGUUAUUUCAAUGCAUCAUAUCAUUUGGUACUCAUAGGAUAGAAACGCAUUUCUUUAUCGUCAUGGUACCCUAUCAUCUGCACAUAUAUACAACGACAUUUAAAAACGUUCACAUGACAGUUCUUUUUAAAGGGCAUGUUUAUGGAAGUCACGCAUCCCCUUCAUCCCUCUUCCGAGGCAAACCCACAUUGUUUGAGCAACAAACGCACCGCUACAGUGUCCGAUUCCCGGCUGAGUUGUCAUAGCGCGGGCUUCUCUCUUCACGCCCCCCACACACACACACACACGCCCUUGUCCUCACACUCAACGGUGGAAUCCCAGCCAGCUGCGCAAUACACACAUUCCCAGGGAGCUGGGUAUUCCACUGGUCUACGCACCGUUACGUGAUUGAUUUAUUUAUUUCAUUGUAGUUAUAUAAUAACGAGUGACAAGACAUAUGCAUUUCCGACCUCGACCGACAAAACAGACAUUUUUUUGCGGAAGUGACCAGAGUCCUUGAAUCCUUCAAAAUUUGGACUGAGCAUCAGUCAGACACACUACAUCAGUCAGCCUUAAAAUACAAAUAUAGUACGCAGAAAAAGAACAGAACUUGAGUCCAGAGUCCAGAGUGAAUCCUUCAAAUUUGGACUGAGCAUCAGUCAGACACACUACAUCAGUCAGCCUUAAAAA